AGAGUCUGUGUAGGCCUAUCUCCACUUUUGCAAAAGCAAAUUCUGCUGUCUAAACACUGUAGCUGCUUUUUCUUUGGCGUUUACAGCUUCAGCAAUCUAUUAAACGCUGCUAUCUCCUCUCUUGUGUGCAUACAUUCUCAGCAAUCUGUUUUACCCAAAUCAUAUCUUGUUCGAAUUUCAUUUACCAGCUUCCCUCUUUCAUACGCUCAGUAAUAGAAAAAUGGGCAACACUUCCUGCUGCUGCUCAUCCUCUGCCCCCCAACAGGAUUAUCAAGAUGUUAUCGAGAAACUGAUCAAAGUGGAAGAGAUGAGCCACAUCGAUGAAUUGAUUUCUUACAUCGAUGACCUCUUGAAUACCAUCGACCAGGGAAGCGUUAAUUCAAUUGCCCUUCUUUCCAAGACGAAUCGAGUCACCUCUUCUAUCACUUCUGGUGGUACUUUAUUGGAGAAGAUAUUGCAGAGAUCUAACAGACAUAUAUGCAAGAGGGACACCAUGCCAAUGCUUAACCGUGAAACUCGGAAAUUGGUGAUUGAUAUAACAAAAGAAGCAGCGCAAAUUCAGUGGGUGGGAAUAGCGCUUUCAGUUGUAGGUUUCGUGUUGGAACACAUUGAGCAAGUUUCUUCCAACAGAGACGAAUGUAUAGUGCUCUUGAAAUACAUGUGUAACCUUGCAAAAUACAUCAAGCGAUUGGAUGAUCAUUUGCCUGAGGAGAAGCUGAAGCGGGUUAUUCGACUCGUUGUGGAAGGCUCACUCCUGUGCAUAUCGCAAAUGCAAUCUCAUGCGCUCUACAAAUUUUUCGCUGCUCCGGUUGCGGCUGAAGACUUGCGGAGAUUGCAAGCACAACUUGGCCAGGAGUACUCAGAACUCUCACUGGAAUCAAUAAUCACUGUGUUGAAUAGGAUUCCAAUUGUGCCUCAAGCAGUGGGUAUUGAGGAAGCCAGAACUGAAGUGACUAAACUUCUAGACAUGGAAAGUAAAUCUUUUAAGGUGGUGGUCAUUUAUGGACAAGGUGGGAUAGGGAAGACAACUUUAGCUACCGCAGUUUUCGGUAAUCUAGACUUACAAAAUUACAAAUAUUGUAGAGUUGAUAUGGAACAGGAUUGUUCAGAAGCUGAUCUUAAAUCGGCCCAACAACAAAUUUUAAGAGAUCUUUAUGACAAUAAUAUUGAACUGAGAAGUUUGAGUGAAGGUCGGGAAAAGUUAUCCAAGGACUUUACAGAACACUCUUCUAAACCUGUUUUCAUUUUUGUUGACAACGCACUAAAGCAAAGUGACUUGGAAAAGCUUCUUCCUAUAACUGACUUGGCAUCCCUUCCACCACAGAGCAGAAUUCUCUUAACCACCAGAAAUCUAAAUGAGACUCGUAUAAUUUUGGAAGGAGGAGUUGAACGCUGUCCUUAUCUGGUAGCUUCUCUUCCACAAGAAGAGGCACAUAAAUUCUUGUGCAAGUUGGCUUUAGGUGAUGACCAGGCAAGUUUUGACUCAAUUGUAGAUAUUAAUGGCCUCCUCCAAAUAUGCCAGGGAAUUCCAUUGGUACUAAAAAUGGCGGGAGCCAGAUUGUAUGAACAUGCUCAAAGCAUGCCAGAUUGUAGAAAUGUAGUUGAAAGUCUCAAGUCAGAGCUCCUACAAGGAGAGGAGGAUGAGUUAAGUGAGCGUAUGGUGGAUUUUGUAUAUAAUCGUUUGAAAGCCUCGUGUAAAGAGGCAUUUCUUGACAUUGUGUUCUUCUUUUGUAAUUGGAGGCGGCGGAGGGUGGCGUGUAGUGUUGGAGAGACAGAGUUUGAAGAGCUUGAAAGGGCUGCACUUGUAAAUAUAAGCUAUGGAGGCAGGGUGAAUGUACAUGAUAUAGUGAAAGCGCGAGGGAGAAUGCUGUCAGGAGAUUGGGAGAGAAUCACUGACCAACAAUCUCUUAAUGAUGUUCUCCAAGAUGAAGAGAGGAUAAAGAGAACGAAGGGGAUUGUUCUAGUGGAUGAAGCAUUCGAGCUGGAAGCAGAUCAUCUCAACUUGAUGAAGAGAUGUUUAAGAGUUUUGAUCUUGACAGGAAGAACUAGAAUAGUGAAUGGAGAAUGUAGAGGAGUCUUUGACAAUCUAAGGUUGGUCAGCCUCGACAACUAUAAUAAUUACUCACGGAUGGAUGUCAGUAAGCAUCCGAGAUUAGCAGCAUUCAUUUUGAAAUACGACGGAGACUCCAACUUUCCUGAGUUCACAGGCACCAUCCCAUCUUCAUUGAGAUAUAUGUAUAUUAAAGAUGCUACGUUGGUUAAUCUAACCACCACCCUUUCCCAAAUUAAAUCUUUGCAUUCUCUAACAUUGCGGGGCUGUAGAGGGUUGGAUAUCUUGCCUAAAACCAUUGACAACAUACUUGCUUUAGAAAAGUUGAGUUUAAGCUCUUGUUCCAGCUUGGUGAGCCUUCCAGACAGUGUGGGCAAUUUAUCCUCUUUGAACAGGUUGUAUUUAAGCUCUUGUUCCAGCUUGGUGAGCCUUCCAGACAGUGUGGGCAAUUUAUCCUCUUUGAACAGCUUGGAUUUAAGCUCUUGUUCCAGCUUGGUGAGCCUUCCAGACAGUGUGGGCAAUUUAUCCUCUUUGAACAGCUUGUAUUUAAGCUCUUGUUCCAGCUUGGUGAGCCUUCCAGACAGUGUGGGCAAUUUAUCCUCUUUGAACAGCUUGUAUUUAAGCUCUUGUUCCAGCUUGGUGAGCCUUCCAGACAGUGUGGGCAAUUUAUCCUCUUUGAACAGCUUGGAUUUAAUCUCUUGUUCCAGCUUGGUGAGCCUUCCAGACAGUGUGGGCAAUUUAUCCUCUUUGAAUAGGUUGUAUUUAAUCUCUUGUUCCAGCUUGGUGAGCCUUCCGGACAGUGUGGGCAAUUUAUCCUCUCUGAACAGCUUGGAUUUAAGGUCUUGUUCCAGCUUGGUGAGCCUUUUAGACAAUGUGGGCAAUUUAUCCUCUUUGAACAGGUUGGAUUUAAGCUCUUGUUCCAGCUUGGUGAGCCUUCCGGACAGUGUGGGCAAUUUAUCCUCUCUGAACAGCUUGGAUUUAAGCUCUUGUUCCAGCUUGGUGAGCCUUCCCGACAGUGUGGGCAAUUUAUCCUCUCUGAACAGCUUGGAUUUAAGCUCUUGUUCCAGCUUGGUGAGCCUUCCCGACAGAGUGGGCAAUUUAUCCUCUCUGAACAGCUUGGAUUUAUGGUCUUGUUCCAGCUUGGUGAGCCUUCCGGACAGUGUGGGCAAUUUAUCCUCUCUGAACAGCUUGGAUUUAAGCUCUUGUUCCAGCUUGGUGAGCCUUCCCGACAGUGUGGGCAAUUUAUCCUCUCUGAACAGCUUGGAUUUAAGCUCUUGUUCCAGCUUGGUGAGCCUUCCCGACAGAGUGGGCAAUUUAUCCUCUCUGAACAGCUUGGAUUUAUGGUCUUGUUCCAGCUUGGUGAGCCUUCCGGACAGUGUGGGCAAUUUAUCCUCUAUGAACAGCUUGGAUUUAAGCUCUUGUUCCAGCUUGGUGAGCCUUCCGGACAGUGUGGGCAAUUUAUCCUCUUUGAACAGGUUGGAUUUAAUCUCUUGUUCCAGCUUGGUGAGCCUUCCGGACAGUGUGGGCAAUUUAUCCUCUCUGAACAGCUUGGAUUUAAGCUCUUGUUCCAACUUGGUGAGCCUUCCAGACAGUGUGGGCAAUUUAUCCUCUUUGAACAACUUGGAUUUAAGGUCUUGUUCGAGCUUGGUGAGCCUUCCGGACAGUGUGGGCAAUUUAUCCUCUCUGAACAGCUUGUACUUAUGGUCUUGUUCCAGCUUGGUGAGCCUUCCGGACAGUGUGGGCAAUUUAUCCUCUCUGAACAGCUUGGAUUUAAGCUCUUGUUCCAGCUUGGUGAGCCUUCCGGACAGUGUGGGCAAUUUAUCCUCUCUGAAGAGCUUGGAUUUAAGCUCUUGUUUCAGCUUGGUGAGCCUUCCGGACAGUGUGGGCAAUUUAUCCUCUCUGAACAGCUUGGAUUUAAGCUCUUGUUCCAGCUUGGUGAGCCUUCCGGACAGUGUGGGCAAUUUAUCCUCUCUGAACAACUUGGAUUUAAGCUCUUGUUCCAGUUUGGUGAGCCUUCCGGAUAGUGUGGGCAAUUUAUCCUCUCUGAACAGCUUGGAUUUAAGGUCUUGUUCCAGCUUGGUGAGCCUUCCGGACAGUGUGGGCAAUUUAUCCUCUCUGAACAGCUUGGAUUUAAGGUCUUGUUCUAGCUUGGUGAGCCUUCCAGACAGUGUGGGCAAUUUAUCCUCUCUGAACAGCUUGGAUUUAAGGUCUUGUUCCAGCUUGGUGAGCCUUCCGGACAGUGUGGGCAAUUUAUCCUCUCUGAACAGCUUGGAUUUAAGGUCAUGUUCCAGCUUGGUGAGCCUUCCAGACAGUGUGGGCAAUUUAUCCUCUCUGAACAGCUUGGAUUUAAGGUCAUGUUCCAGCUUGGUGAGCCUUCCAGACAGUGUGGGCAAUUUAUCCUCUCUGAACAGCUUGGAUUUAUGGUCUUGUUCCAGCUUGGCGAGCCUUCCAGACAGUGUGGGCAAUUUAUCCUCUCUGAACAGCUUGGAUUUAAGGUCUUGUUCCAGCUUGGCGAGCCUUCCAGACAGUGUGGGCAAUUUAUAUGGUCUGGUAGAUGUAUAUUUAGUCAGAUGUACACAGCUCUCUUUGUUGCCAGAAAGCUUCGAAAACCUCGCUUCUCUGGAGCGCUUGGUGUUGGAAGAUUGCGAGAAGCUGUCAUAUCUACCUCAAAAUUUUGGUCAGCUGAAGUGCUUAAAAUAUGUGAGCAUACAUGGAUGCAUUGCAUUACAGAGCCUCUCUGAUGAUUUUGAAUGUUUGAGUUCACUAAUUGUUGUCAAGGCUUCAGAAUGUCCUGAACUGGAGGAAAAUACAAUGGACAAGUUAGCCAAGAUGAAGGGAUUGAUGAUUGUUGAUAUAGAUGGAAGCCCUACGUUGAAAAAGCGAUGGCAAAAAGUGAAGGAGCAAUACUCUUUAGCAGUAGUGGAGUGCGGAAGAAAGGAAUUCGAGGAUGAAAUGUACCCACAUGCGGAUGUAAUGUGUAGAGCAUUUUUCCACAGUGAAUCAAGAUUCGUGUAUGUUGAUGAGAAUGGGCAGCUCGUGGAAUCGCCCAGUCCGGCGGGUGGGGUAAAGCUGUGGUUCUUGUUAAAGGAGAUGGAUGUGAGAUCAUCAUCAUCAUCAUCGUCAAACAGCAGUUGUUGGGAAGCAGUGAAGAAGAAAUGGGAGGAGGUGGUGGCUUCGGAGGGAGGACAAAUGAUUUAUGUGGAUAUGGGAGGGUCAUGGGAGGAAAGAGAAACACGUGCUCAGCAAGCUCUCCCCCAUUUACCCAGAAACACUCGUGCCUGGAUUGCUCCUGACAAUAGCGCAAGGUUAUCCUUUGCCUAUUCCGUGCGGCAUUAUUACAAGAGACAUGUCCAAAAGCGGCACGUGGAGGCCAAAUUGGGGGUUGGUAAUUGUGUUGUGAGCACAUCAGCGUGUGUGGAUGAAGAGGGAAGGCUGAAGCUUGAUGACCUCAUCUUCAGACUCCCCGACGUCAGUACACCUCCUUUUGCAGAAACUGAGUAUGAAGACAUUUCUGAUGAGUUACUCUCCCCUAUUGAGGAAGCAAUGAGGUUUAUUAUUAAACGUGUACGGUAUUGAUCUGCUGGCAUUUCUGUCGGGCAUUUAUUAUUAAACUUGUAUGGUAUUGAUCUGCUGGCAUUUUGUGUCAAA